AUGGCAACAGACGGCUCUGCUGCUCGCCUGGCCGCCUCCGGUAGUGGGAUGGCUGCAACCGGGACGGCCGCAGCCGGGGCGGCUGCCGCCAGGGCAGCUGCAACAGGAGCAGCUGCAACCGGGACGGCUGCAGCCGGGGCGGCUGCAAUAGGAGCAGCUGUGAUAGGGGCGGCUGCAACGGCGGCGGCUGCAGCAAGGGCGGUUGGCUCUUCACUUAGAAAAUUUACUGGAUCUCUGGGAGGUGCUGACAAAGAUUGCCUCCUCGUCAGGGCCCCUUCCCGACCACUCACCGGCAGAGAGGGAAGGGAUUGCCUCCUAGUCGGGUCCCCCUCCCGACUGAUCAUCGGCAAAGCAAGCAUCGGUGUGUGGACUCGGAUGGGAAGGGCCUAA